AUGCUGAGCCCUUCGCUGCCGCCAAGUGGGGCAGCUGCGGCACCCCACGUGGAGAUCUCCGAUGCGUACCACGUGGCCCUGGCGUUGUGGCAGGGACGGGGAACACUCCUUGAUCUCCUCCGCCUGAACUCCNCCCCCCCCCCCCCCCCAAAGGGAAAGAGGUCUACAGUUUACAAUGGAACCAAAACCGCUGGCUGUUCCAUUCCAACUGCGCUUUCUCCUUUUCUUUUGUUUCCGGUUGCUACUACUUCUUUCCGUGACGUUGUGGACGACGUGCUGCGUUUAGACGAUGGGGGACAGACUGCUGUUCUACGCCACACUGCCUGA